GUCCCUGUCGUGCAUUGGUGAAAAUAUGGCGCCUUCACCAACAAAGAGGAAGGAUGAUGACAAGAGUAAACAGCGAGGUAAAGAGAAAUCAGGAACCACAAAAGAAGGGGCAGACAAAGAUAGGGGAAGAGAGAAGAACCGCUCACGACGCAGUGCUUCCAGCGGGAGCAGCAGGUCCAGCUCAAGCUCCAGCAGUAGCUCAGGUUCCAGCUCCGGCUCCUCCAGCGGCUCCAGCUCCUCUGCCUCUAGCCACUCGGGCUCCUCCAGCUCCCGCUCAUCUUCCUCUUCCUCCUCAUCGUCAUCGCCGAGCCCCAGCCGGCAGCGUCACAACAACAGACGACGGUCCCGCUCAAAAUCAAAAUCAGCAAAGAAGGAUGACCGGGACCGACGACGAAGGAGUCCCACCCCUAAACCCACCAAGGUCUACCUGGGCCGGCUGACCAGAAAUGUCAUCAAGGAACACAUCCAGGAAAUCUUCUCCACCUAUGGCAAGAUCAAGAUGAUUGAUAUGCCAAUGAACCGCGUCCACCCCCACCUGUCCAAGGGCUACGCUUAUGUGGAAUUCGAGACCCCCGAGGAGGCCGAGAAGGCGCUUAAACACAUGGACGGAGGUCAGAUUGAUGGUCAGGAGAUCACAGUCACAGCUGUGUUGGCCCCUACAGUGCGUCCUCCCCCUCGCAGGCUGUCUCCGCCUCGCAGAAUGCCUCCUCCACCUCCGAUGUGGCGACGCACCCCACCUCGAAUGAGGAGAAGAUCCCGAUCUCCACGGCGACGCUCUCCAGUGCGUCGCAGGUCACGAUCGCCUGGCCGCCGCCGUCACCGGUCGCGCUCCAGUUCCAACUCCUCCCGCUAGAGAUCAGGAAAACCCUCCUCCACCCUUCUGGAUCUGCUAGUCUGCUGUGUUCUUUUUAAUCAAAACAAACAUGAAACAAAUAUUUUUAUGGUUAACCGUCUCACACCCAAAUCAUUACUGUGUACCUUGGGCAGAUUGUUUAGAGUCAGGGUUUUAUGCUAAUGUAACACUGAGAAAAAGAACUUAAAGGUGCUAUAGGUAAGAACUGGCCACCUGUUGAUAUCAUACUUCACAACAGUGACUCUAAUGUCAGCAACAUUGGUUAACCUGAGGACACAUUGCAACAUAAGUUAACAAGAAGUAAGUUUGCAACAUACACCUGUGCAAUAUGUGCUGCAAUGUUAUGAAUUGUGAAAUCAUAUGGUUUGACCCCAUAAAGAACAUUACA